AUGACGACUCCAUUAAUUUCACCUGUGAAAACAUUUGCAGAAAAAGAUAUCUUAAAGAUUGUUCUGCUCGAACUUUGUAAUAUUUUCGGUGAAACCAGAAUAACACCGGGUCAAAUGAUUUUAUCUCGCAAAGAUUUGCAUUUUGAAAUUCGCGCUAUUUUGUUAAGUUCAGAUCUUAGUUCAUUAAAUUGUGAAGAUCAUUUUGUUCAUUUAAAAUUUUUAUAUCAAUCAAACAUUGUUUAAAGUUAGUGAAGAUCAAUUAAACUUGCCGUUUAUUGAUCAUUUUUAUGGCACGCCAAACUUUCAAAUACUUACCAAUCACACUUACUUUCGAUCAACCAACACUAAACACAUAGAAUUAAGAACCCGAAAGGGUUUUUCGUUCACCUUCAAUUGUUCUUCGAUAUUGUUUCACAAAUAAAUUGUUUUAUGAGUGAAAUUGUCAAGUGUUUUCAAUUCUUCCGAUAAGCAGAACCCUCACAAACUACAGUCCACUUCUCUACAUUAAUUAUAGUGUUUCUGCCGAACA